AUGAUGUUCGACCUCUCAAUCGUUCUCGACAUCCUCUUCCUCCUCCUCGCCAUUUACUUCUUUCCUGGCGUGCCCGGUUCUACUACCAACACAGCUCCGCAUACACCCAGGACCACUGCUCAAGCGAACUUCAAGGAAGUCGAUACCCCUCAUCCAUCCCCCCUUCCCGCGCACCUCCGCACUACCACUCCCGCCGCUGGCACCCCCUCCGCUGCCGUCCCGCGGAUCAUCCUUCAUCCUUCCCACACCUGCGCAAACCUCCAUGCCGGUCUCACUAUCCCUGUGGAGCGGCCAAACCACAAACGCAAGUCCGUAUCAUUCUCCAUCUCGUCGAUGAAAGACCUCCUCCCCGCUGGCUCUUCCCCUUCCAAGGAGUACGCCAAGCAGCACAGGCCCGCGACACCGUGGAUGAAGGGUCCUGCGAGCCCGAGCGAGCUUCUAGGCUCGCUCUCUGAAUCAGAGGGUAGCAGCCCUAUGCCCAGCCCAGUCCCGCCAAUGCCGUCCGCCUUGGAGAGUCAGGGUGGAAACGGUCAAAGGAUGUUCGGUGCGCAAGGGCGUCUGGGUGUGACGGUCGCCGACCCGGAUGCCGAGGAUUUCGGGGAGCCUAUCAUAAGCCCUAAGAUCUGUAGCAGGGACGUGGUGGAUACCAUGGGUAUCAAGAAGUCCUGGCUUAUGUCGUGA